UUCGUCGCAUCUCGGCGCCACCGUGUCUCACCAGCCGCCUUCCGACCGUCACGGGGACAAGUGUCAGGGCGAGUCAUCCAGCCACCGGAUCCUGUUGAAGCAAAGCGAGUCGUUGAACCAAGUUCCCUGGUGGAUCCUCCAGAGAGUGGCCGACGCUGAAGUUUGCGCGUGAGUACCAUGGACAGCGCUCGCGCCCCCAGCUUGAGCCGCCUGAACGCAGCUGGCUUCUGGCACAUCUGGCAGCGCGUGGACCCUGAAGAUAAAGGUUACAUAGGAGAGAAGGAGCUUGAUGUUUUCUUGAACCAUCUGUUGUCAAAACUGGGAACUGAUGAUGCAGCCAUGGAAGAAAACAUGCAGAAGGUGAAGGAACAAUUUAUGGCCACCCAGCAAGUCCCCAGUGAUGGCCUCAUUCAGAUGAAAGAGCUUGCCAGCAGAUUCUUAUCUGAAGAUGAACUCUUUCUUCUUGUCUUUCACCGGGAAAGCCCCUUGGACAGCAGUGUGGAGUUUAUGCAGAUUUGGCGCAAAUAUGAUGCUGACAGCAGCGGCUUUAUCUCGGCAGCUGAGCUGUGUAACUUCCUGCGUGAUCUUUUCUUCCGCCACAAGAAGGCCAUCUCAGAGACAAAGUUGGAAGAAUAUACUGGCACCAUGAUGAAGAUCUUUGACAAAAAUCAUGAUGGGAGGUUGGAUCUUAAUGAUAUGGCGAGGAUUCUGGCUCUUCAGGAAAACUUCCUUCUCCAGUUUAAAAUGGACGCUUCUUCCACGGAAGAGAGGAAGAGGGACUUUGAGAAAAUCUUUGCCCACUAUGAUGUCAGCAAAACUGGUGCUCUUGAAGGCCCCGAAGUGGAUGGGUUUGUCAAAGACAUGAUGGAGCUUGUUCAGCCCAGCAUCAGUGGGGCAGACCUUGAUAAGUUCCGGGAGAUCCUUUUGCGUCACUGCGAUGUGAACAAGGAUGGAAAAAUCCAGAAGUCUGAGCUAGCCUUGUGUCUUGGACUGAAAAUCAACCCGUAAUGCCCAGAUUUUUUUCUCUGUGUAUUUCUGAGCUCCUGUUAGUAUAAAUGUUAACUGUGCU